UCUUUCCCUAACAGAGUGUCAUCAACUCAUAUAGAACAAUGUUUUCAUGUCGAUACAGAGCCAUAAAUCACAAAUUAUAUUUUCCAUUUUCUCUCCAAAGAUCAAAUCUUGGAACCCCAUCAUCUCCAUUUUCAUCAUCUCAAAUCCAAAAUUCAGAUUGGUUAAGCUCAAAUGAAGUUAUCAAGAUUUUCCAAAAUCUCAAAAACCCAAAUUCAGCUCUAACUCUACUCAAUCAAAUCUCAAAUCGAAAAGAUUACAGACCCAAUGAAGCCAUUUAUAGUGUAGUUGUAAAGAACUUAGCAAUUGCUAAGAAUUUUGAUGCAAUUGAAACCCUCAUGGAGAAAAUCAAAAUCGAAAGGAAAUGUAGACUUUCUGAUGAGUUUUUCUAUAAUGUUAUUAAGAUUUACGGGCAUUUAGCUGGUAGAAUUAACAGAGCAAUUGAUACCUUUUUCGAUAUGCCUAAUUAUAAGUGUUUUCCCACUGUGAAAACUUUCAAUUUUUUACUGAAUUUGCUUGUGAAUACUAAGCAAUUUGAUGUUAUUCAUAAGGUUUACUUUCGUGGUUCCGAGUUGGGUGUUGAGAUUGAUGCUUGUUGUUUGAAUAUAAUCAUUAAAGGGCUUUGUCGUUGUGGAGAGAUAGCUGCUGCAUAUAAGGUGUUUGAUGAAUUUCCUAAACAGAAUUGUUCACCCAAUGUUAGAACUUUUUCUACUAUAAUGCAUGCAUUAUGUGAUCAUGGUCGCGUUGAUGAGGCAUUGAGUUUGUUAGAGAGGAUGGAGAAUGAGGAUGUUGAACCAGAUGCCAUCGUGUUUAACACGUUGAUAUCAGGGCUUAGGAAGCAAAGGCGAGUUGACGAGGGGAUUGAUAUGUUCAAGAAAGUAAUGCUGAAAGGUUGUGAUCCGAAUCCAGGGACUUAUCAGGAGGUGUUGUAUGCUUUGCUUGAUGCUAAGAGGUAUUUGGAGGCGAAAGAUUUCAUGGCUGUAAUGAUCGAUAAGAGAGUGAAUCCAAGUUUCGAGUCUUAUAAGGUGAUAGUACAUGGCCUUUGUGAUGGUAAGCUUGUUGGAGAUUUAGACUGGGUAUUGAAGCAAAUGGUGAGACAUGGAUUCGUUCCGAGGAUGGGUAUGUGGAAGAAGAUUCUUGGUUGCUUGUUUCCUGAUGGAGGUUGUUGUACUACCUAUACUUACGAUGAGAUUCUUGCAGACUAAGAUCUCAUUUGUUUUCAUUAAGAUUAAGAUGUCUGAAUCUAAAUGCACAUCUGAAUAUUAAGAUGUUGCUAUCAUAGCUUUAGCUCUC